AUAAAGCAGAGAGAAUAUUUGUGGGGCCCUUUUCAAUCGAUUCCAUCCCGGAAAUGGCGACACCAGAAUCCAAUUCCGCCGCCGCAAUGGCAGCGCUCAAACGCCCGAACGUGCUUCGCGUCUCCAACUCCUCACCAGAAAACAAAAGGUUGAAACCGGAGGAACAAUCCGAGACUCAGAGUGCUACCAUCGCUGCUUCCAGUACAACCAAGGCUUUAUUCGCGUUAGAGGCCGGUGCAGCUGAAGACAAAGGGUUGCGCCACUCCAUGGAAGAUGCUUGGCUGGUACUCGAAGACGCCUCCUCCGAUUCCCCGGGAAAUUUGAGAUGUGCGCAUUUUGCAAUUUAUGAUGGACAUGGAGGCCGGCUAGCUGCGGAGUAUGCGCAGAAGCAUUUGCACAAGAGUGUGCUUUCAGCAGGCUUACCACGUGAGUUGCUGGAUGUUAAGACUGCGAAGAAGGCUAUACUAAAUGGAUUUAGGAAGAUGGAUGAGGCUCUACUUCAGGAAAGUGUUGCAGGGGGAUGGCAAGAUGGUGCCACAGCUGUAUGUGUUUGGGUAUUGGGACAAACAGUGUUUGUUGCAAAUAUUGGUGAUGCAAAGGCAGUAGUAGCAAGAUCAUCUGUUGUAGAUGGCUCACAGAGUUGUUUGGACGGAUCAAAUCCACUAAAGGCUAUUGUUUUGACUCGAGAACACAAAGCCAUAUAUCCACAAGAGAGAGCACGGAUUCAGAAGGCUGGUGGAUCUAUCGAUUCAAAUGGACGAUUGCAGGGGCGUCUUGUAGUUUCUAGAGCCUUUGGAGAUAGGCAAUUCAAGAAGGUAGGCGUUUCCGCAAUCCCUGAUGUUCAUUCAUAUGACCUUACAGAGAGAGACUACUUUAUGAUUCUUGGCUGUGAUGGCUUGUGGGGGGUCUUUGGAGCGGGCGAUGCUGUUGACUUUGUUCAUAAGCUGUUAAAGGAAGGUUUAUCAGUCACAGCCGUGAGCCGCCGGCUUGUCCGAGAAGCUGUCCGGGAACGCUUGUGUAAGGAUAACUGCACUGCAAUUGUCAUUGUAUUCAGACAUCGGUAGCGAACCAACUCUAUUUCGGGCUUCAGUGGCCAGGCUCAGUGGAACCUCUCUUUCUGUUGUUUUACCUUUCUGUGUUACUGAGAGUGAGGGCUCUAAGUUUGAUGUGCUCAAGAUGUCUUUUGGUUAACUAUAUUCAAUUUUGAGAUGAUUUAUUAACUAUUUUUGGUUGAGAA